AUGCACCUUGAUGCAACUUCCGAGAAAGAGAGCACAGGGGUCAACUGGGUUAGAGUGAAGAAGGAAGGAUACUGUGAAGUCAUCCCAGGAAGAGGGCACGAUGUGGCAUUGAGGGAGCAAAUUAUCCAACUCCUCUGGAGCCGGAGCUGGAGCUGGGACUACAAGAAUAGCAAAAAGGACACUCACUUAAAAGGGAUACCGGAAGGAAGUGCCGGUAUGCAGAAAGCAGAUGGGAAGGGAAGAAGAAAGAGGUACAAGGAGACACAACGAAAACCGACAAAGGAAGAUAAGAAAUUAAGAAACGGUCUCAAUAAAGUGAAGAAACUUGGAGGAUGA